AGGGAACCAGACUAGGCAGUAGGACACUCACAGUAAAACUGUUGUCUGCUCCUUAAACAUGGCGACUCAGGAGGGAUCCAGUUUGGCUGAUAAGCCCAAGGACAUCUGUUUGGAGGACAUGAUCAUAGACAUUGAGUUUCACCCACAGAAAGAUGUCAUUGCCUCUGGCUCCAUUGAAGGGGAUAUAUUUUUGCACUCCUAUAACAUUGGAAAAGAAAACAGCGAGUUAAUGAAGCUAUCUCACCACAAGAAAUCCUGUAGAGUUGUUCGCUUUUCCCCGAGCGGAGAGGAUUUACAUGCGGGAUCCAAGGAUAAAUCCUUCAGCACAGUAGACCUGAACACAGGCACAUUGAAGCGAAGGGUGAAGAAUGCCCAUGAGGCGGCCAUCUACAGCAUGUUGGUCACCGGGGACAACUUCCUUGUUACCGGGGAUGAUGAUGGCUAUGUUAAGUUAUGGGACCUGAGACAACAGAAGGCUGUCAUGGAGGAACGGCAGUCGGAGGAGUACAUCAGCGACAUCGCUGUCGAUGACCAAAAGAAAACGCUCCUUGUUGCUAGUGGAGAGGGUACAUUGACGGCGUUCAACCUUCGCCGAAAGAAGAUGGAGACGCAGUCAGAGUUGUUUGAUUCUGAGUUUCUCUCACUCGCUAUUGUUAAGCGUGGCCAGAAGGUUGUGUGUGGGUGUGGCAACGGGGAGCUGAACAUGUUCACGUGGGGGGACUGGGGCAACAUAAGUGAUCGAUUCCCAGGUCACCCCAUGUCCAUAGACUGCAUGGUUCCCCUCACAGAUGACAUUGUCUGUACUGGCUCCAUGGAUGGGCUUAUCAGGGCAGUGCAUAUCUUACCAAACCGGUUUAUCGGUAUCGUUGGGGAGCACCCAGGGGAUUUCCCGGUGGAAAACCUCUCACUGUCUCGGGACAAGCACCUGCUGGCCAGCUGUUCUCAUGAUCAGAAAAUCAAGUUCUGGAACGUGGACAGUGUAAGCUCAGAGACAGUCGAUGUGAGAACACGUGCACUGAAAGGGGAUAAGAGCAAGUUUCUAAAAUCGUCAGAUAAGGGAGACUUUUUUGCUGAUUUGGCUGCUGACGAAGCAUCUGGAAAUGCCGGUGGUGAUAAGAAAGAUGGUGAUGGUGAUGAUGAUGAUGGUGAUGACAGUGUUGAUGAUGAUAGUGAUAGUGAUGAAAAUGAUUAAUAAAGUUUUUAUCCAG